UAUUAAAACAGAAUAUGGCAUUUUCUGGUUUAGUUCUAUCUAUACCUCAGUCGUUACGGUCGGUGGUUUUAAUUUGACCAUGUCAUGUCAGUUCCGAUCGAACGAGUCGACUAGUAUUAUUAUGAUAAUCACGAAUUGUUUGUUUUGGCGCUAACGACUGUGUAACGGUGGUUCUUUUUACACUUCGAUUUUUGUAUCGGUAGGAGCAGUGGAGCUAAAAAAGUCACCAGAGCUAAACAUAAAAAGCGACAAUGGCAGGAUUUGAUUGUGAUGUUUCAAUAAAUGGUGGUAUGUCUCUAUCCGACAACCAAAGGCGUCGCUUCGAAGUAAUUCGAGGCAUCGUUACCAAUGUUGGUCUCUUUAUACUCUUUGUAAUUUACCUGUGCAUAGGUGCGUCAAUAUUUGCUGCGAUCGAGGGGCGGGAGCCAGGUGAUGUUAAACCAGUGGAUGUUAAUCGAACGAACGAAAUGACACGAGAGAUGUUUCUUAACAAGAUGCUGGAGCUUGCUAGCGAUCCUAUGGCAAACAAGACGGAUUAUCAACGGGCGUUGGCCACCUACGAAGAUAGUGGGGACGUGUAUGAGGAAUAUUAUGCAUACUGGCAUCAAUGGUCUUAUGGAAUGAGUUUGUUUUACUGCCUCAAGUUGCUCACAACAAUAGGAUACGGUAAUAUUACGCCAGUGACGACUGCAGGCAAAUUACUGAGCAUUGUUUACGCUUUCUUCGGCAUUAUUCUGCUGUUGACCUUCCUUGCUAGCAUUGGAUCGCUCCUUGCUCAGAAAGUAAACUCUACUUACAAACGACUUCGAGCUAAGAUGACAAAGCGAUCAAACCCGGGAUACAGAAGAGAGGAUUUUGACACCAGCCCAGAAGAAGGUGGUACCACGGUUGAUAUCAGAUUCCAAGAGGAGAAUGCUGAUGAUAACCAACAGAGCGCCGUUACGGACCCGAUCCCAUUUUGGGCGAUAACUGUUUUUUCUCUUGUUUUUCUUCUUAUUUUCUCUAGCUUUGUCUUUGCUCUGGAGGAUUGGACUUUCGUUGAUUCUGUUUACUAUUCGUUUAUGUCUCUUGCAACCGUUGGAUUCGGCGAUAUAAUUCCGGAAAAAAACUUGGGUGGAUGUUCUAUCUUAAUCGUUAUUGGCUUGAUUGUGGUUUCAAUGAUCAUAGCGCUUGGCCAGGCUAGUAUUCUGCGGGUACUCACUGCAAUUCAAAGGUGCACAGAUAAAGUAGUAUUAAAAUGUACAUCAUAAAAUUGUCGUGAAGAUUGUGCUAAAUUGCGUCAUGCUUUCAUACAUCUACGGUUUAUGGACAAUGCCCUUGGUACAGAACUGGGUAACAUUAAAUGUCGGUGUACACUAGGCCAAACUAGAAAAAAUAUACAGUACUUUAAAAUAAAUUUAUUACAGAGUUCUAUUACUGUAUCAGGCCAUAAUCAUGAUUCCUUGGUGUCGGG